GACAAGACCUUGGAUCGUUUGCACGACACAGAGGUCUUUGCCACUCCUGCACAAAGGAUCCUGUCCACAGGAGUGGCUCCAUCGCAGCUUCGAGUAGAAAGCGCGGGGGCGAACAUGAGUGGCGCCUUAGCCUCGAACGUUCAGACCACCCCGCCCAAGCCGCUGUUAAAUCGGCUACUACCAUUGAUUGAGGCGUUCUUCGUUCUUCACAACGGCUCGAAGGAAGCAGAGCUGGAGCAGAAGGAGAAGGAUCAGAAGAAGGCGGAGCAAGAGGGCGGUUCGACCUCCAGCGGUCGUGCUGGGAAACAAGUCUUCGCAGACCUGGUGGAGGUGACUCUGGUAGAACGCAGCCGCUUUGGACAGCCGGGGUUCUGCAAACAGCACCGACGUCCAUUGAACGCCGGGAACAGCAGGGAUUUCCCACCCGUUGCGUGGUGGAAUUACCAGAGGGAGCGGCUUGGGAACGGCACCUGGGAGGGGUACAAAAACCGCAACUACGAGGCAGCCAUGAAGGGCCUGAACGGGAAGGUUGAGGCCUAUGAGGCCUAUGGCAACGAGGGAUUUCCGGAAUGGGCGCUCAUCAAGCAGACUCCCUCCUUGCUGAACAAGUCCUUCUCCCCUGUGUUGAAGCACAUGCCGCACUGCUUGGAUUUCGACAACAAGAGGGCCUACUUCCGGUCACAGCUCAGGUCUCGUCGCAUGGAGAGUCGCUAUGAGACCAUCCGACUGCGAGUGAGGCACCGUGUGGCCCACCAGCGUAACCGAACGGGCGAGGAGAUGCGUGCCAAGAUUCAGGUUCAGUUCCAAGGGGAAGAAGGCAUCGACGCGGGUGGUGUUGGCAAGGAGUGGUAUGGAGCAUUGGCCAAGGAGAUCUUCAAUCCCAACUAUGCGUUGUUUGUUCAAGCUGGAGGAAAGGCCUGCACCUACCAUCCCAAUCCAAUGUCCUAUGUCACACGAGACCACUUGGACUUCUUCCACUUCAUCGGCCGCGUCAUCGGCAAAGCCAUCCACGAUGCGCAGAACUUGGAGGCCUGGUUCACCCGCGGCUUCUACAAGCACAUGCUUGGCAAGAAGGUGAUCGCUGCCGACUUGGAAGCCUUUGAUCCAGAGUAUUUUUCCAACCUGAAGUGGAUGUUGGACAACGACAUCACGGACAUUGUGGAACUGUACUUUUGCGCCGAGAGCGAUGAGCUGGGUCAGAUGAAGGUGGUUGACCUGAAACCCAAUGGUCGAUCUUUGCCCGUGACCAACGAGAACAAGUACGAAUACAUUCAGCUGAUGUCGGAGCACAAGAUGACCAACUCCGUGCGACAGCAGAUCGAUGCCUUCCUCAAAGGUCUUCAUGAGAUCGUUCCACCCGAACUUUUGUCGCUCUUUGAUGACAAAGAGCUGGAACUGCUGAUUUCCGGAUUGCCGGACAUUGAUAUUGAGGAUCUGAAGGCCAACACGGAGUACCACAACUACACUCCUCAGUCCGACCAGAUCCAAUGGUUCUGGAAAGUGCUUAGCGAGUUCAGUCAGGAGCAAAGGGCCUGGUUCCUUCAGUUUGCCACGGGAACCAGUCGCGUGCCGGUGGAAGGCUUCAAGGGCUUGGUGGGCAUGCGUGGUCCACAGAAGUUCUGCAUUCACAAAGCCUUUGGCCCUGAGCGUUUGCCCUCGGCUCAUACCUGCUUCAACCAGCUGGACCUCCCAGACUAUCCCUCAGAAGAAGUCCUGCGCGAGAAGCUGCUCCAGGUUGGCUCCCUGGGAAAGCCGCUCUCGCCACCGUUCGAGAACCAUGGCUGCAGCAACCAACGGCAGCAAGGUCUCAUUGAGGCACUGCUUUCCGAGGAUGGAUUUUCUGCCGAUGACAUCUUUGGAUCCAGCACCUCGAUGAGUGGCUACACCUACGAUGACUUGAUCUGCUUGCCUGGGCAUAUCAACUUCGGAGUCCACGAUGUGAACCUGUCAAGUCGCUUCAGCAAGAAGAUCCAUUUGAAGACGCCCAUUGUGUCCAGUCCCAUGGAUACGGUGACCGAGUCCAAUAUGGCCAUCGCAAUGGCUUUGGAAGGUGGAAUCGGGGUGAUCCACACGAACCUUUCGGUGGAAGCACAAGCUGCGGAAGUGCAGAGGGUGAAGAAAUACAAGGCCGCCAGGGCCGCGGAAGGCCCACCCUGCCCCGACGCUGAGGUCUGCGUGCCGCCGACCAUGACCUUGGAGGAGCUCGACGAGUUGAAGAACCGUUUGGGUUUCACCGGCUUUCCAGUCACUGAGAGUGGCCGCAUGGGCGCCAAGCUCCUGGGCCUGGUCACCAAGCGGGACUGCGACUUCGUUGAGGACCGCAAGACACGCCUGAGUGCCAUCAUGACGCCUGUGAAGGAGAGGGCCAACAGGAAGGGAAAGCUGCCCAUCGUCACGGCCAGCGGGUUGCUGGUUGCUAUGGUCUCCAGAACUGACAUCAAGAAGAACGUGGAGUUCCCCAAUGCAACGAAGGACCCCCUCAACAAGCAGCUCCUGGUGGCCGCCGCCGUGGGCACACGCCCGGCGGACCGCGACAGGGUCAACGCGCUGGUGAGUGCAGGCCCACCCUGCCCCGACGCUGAGGUCUGCGUGCCGCCGACCAUGACCUUGGAGGAGCUCGACGAGAUCUUUGCCGCGAGAUGUCCGGCUCAGAAAGUGUUGCUACGUAUGGGUAUUGGAUCCAUUUGCACCACCCAAGAGGUCUGCGCCUGCGGCCGUGCACAGGCAUCGGCAGUGUACAACGUGGCCAAAUUGGCGCGAGUCUAUGACGUGCCCAUCUUGGCCGACGGUGGAAUUUCCAGCCCAGGGCACAUCGUCAAGGCGAUGAGUUUGGGCGCUGGCGCGGCCAUGUGCGGCAGCCUUCUGGCAGGUACCAGUGAAACACCUGGUGAGUACUUCUACUCUGAAGAUGGCAAGCGCUUGAAGCGCUACCGCGGCAUGGGGUCCAUCGAUGCCAUGAAGAAGGGCUCGGAUGACAGAUACUUUGGCACGGCUGCGGCCAUCAAGGUUGCACAGGGGGUUUCUGGCACUGUCCAAGACAAGGGCAGCAUCCACAGAUACAUCCCCUACCUGACCCAGGGCAUCAGACAUGGCAUGCAGGACAUUGGUGCCCAAAGCGUGCAGCAAGUCCAAUCGAUGCUGCAGGCGGGUCAGCUGCGCUUCGAGCUGCGGUCGGCUGCGGCGCAGCGUGAGGGCGGUGUGCACGGUCUCCAUAGCUUUGAGCGAAAGCUGUUCGACUCUUGAGUCAGUUCCUUUAGUUUGCCCAAUUUCUGGGUGUCUCCUGGGAUGGGAUCCAUUUCCU